AUGGAGGGCGUGAAGAAAUGGCUGACAGAACGAAAUCCGAGGAAGAAUGGGAUGUACGUGCAUUAUAGUCCACCAAAAUUGGUGGGCGUAGUAUCAGCAGCUCAGCUUCGUCAGUGGGCACGCGGUGGUGCUGAGAGCAGGCUGGAGCGAGCAGUCCUGGCUGGUCAGGGUCGGCGCCUCCUCGCCGAGACCGAAGGCCUAUCGCUAUCCAACCACUUACCAUCAUUGGUGGCCAAGUGUGACGCCCUCCAUGCAGCCGUCGAGAAAGGCUCCCUGCUAGAGCUCCAGGUAUUACUGGAGUUGUUGGAGAGUGACUAUAACCGGCGUAAAUACGUGAUGUGUCGGGACGAGGCCGGCGUCGGCUUGCUGCAUAAAGCCGUCUUCUACGACUAUAUGGACAUCGCCGAGUAUCUCGUUAAGAAUUACCCGCAGCUGGUGCAUCAGAAGGAUUCGGAAGGUCGUACGCCUUUACACUACUCGGCUGUAAGCCGGGACUCUGCUUCGCUGGCCGCGCUGUUGGAGGGCGCGGGGGCGGCGCGAGGGGUGCGAGACGCGGCCGGCCGCACGCCCGCACAUUACCGCGGACAAGCGCGCGAACUGCUCGCGCUACCCGACGCCAUGGCGCGCGACAACAAGAACGCAGGUCUGGUGAUUAAGCGUCAUAACAUAAGGAUAUGGUGCCAUGACUGUGACAUGGCACGCUUGCAGCGCGUGGUGUGGGAGGGGCACGGCUCUCGACUGCUCAGCGAGGUCUCCAACCAACCAGUCGUGAAGAAGUUUCUGGAAGCCGUUCCUUAUAUCAUGAACACCAUCAGGGACAUUCACGCGUCUGUGGUGCAGAAUGAUCUGGAAGGUCUGAUGAAGCAUGCUGGUGAUCCUGUCCCUCCUCAAGCCCUGUCCAGUAGGGACGCGAACAAUAUGACAGUUAUGCACAAGGCGGCAGGUUUAGGCCACGGCGGUAUCCUGAAGUAUAUUGCUGAAAGAUACCCACAAGGUAUAAACGACGUAGACAAUGAUGGCCGCACACCACUACACUACGCUGCAGCCAUGCGAGACGACCAGCAUACAUACAAUACACUAGUCAGUCUUGGGGCAGAUGAAAGUGUCGUUGAUAACAAAAAUAAAACACCAGCCUAUUACAUAAAUAGGCCCCAGGAGAUAGACAAAAACAUGUUCAAAACACUGCCCGAUGCCCCCAGAACACCAUCUAGUGCAUACCCAAACUCCUGGGACUGGAAGUUAUUGGACACUGAGGUCAUAGCUGAACUAAAUAAAAAAUCUAGGAGGAAGAACCACAAAGCGUCCAAUGAAAAUAUUUCGUCAAAAGAUACUAACACUAACACAAUUUCUGAAAGUACAGACAAUCGUAUUGGUGGGAUGAAGGGCAGUAGCACGCAUGAACUCAUUAAUAAUUUGCCUGAACUAGAUGAUGCAAAGCAAACGAAAGAUGAUAUUGAGAAUCACAUUGCAAAUGUAGAAAGUAACAAGGAAUCAGAAGUAGGGGAAGAAAAUCACGAACAAGAGCAAGAACAAGAAAACGAACCAAAUGCAGAAGAAGAAACUGAAGAUAAACAAGAACAUACUAGUGAUGCCGAAGAAGCAGUCGAACACGCUGAGGAACAUGCUGAGGAACAUGCUGAGGAACAUGCUGAGGAACAUGCUGAAGAACAUGCUGAAGAACACGCUGAGGAACAUAUUGAGGAACAUACUGAGGAAAAUGCUGAGGAACAUAAUGAGGAAUCCAAAAAACCUGACGAAGAGGCGGAAAAUACGGCUUACGAGUCAACUGAUCAUGUCGACGAACCAGCCAAUGAUGAGAAAUCUAAUGCACAUGUUAAUGAAACUCCAGCAGAUAGUGUUCAAGUGGUUGAAAAUAAUGAUCAUAGUCAAGAAAAUAUAAAUGAAGAAAAGAAAGAGUCUGAUGCAGCAAAAGAGGAAAAUGAGGAAGCUGAGACUGAACCCAAAGUAGAAAAAGAUAAUGAAGAGGAAGUAGAACGUGAUAAGACAGAACACAUUAAUGACAAUGAUCAUGUGCACGAGCACAAAACUGAUGACGACGGUGAUGAACAAAAAUCUGAGGAUGACGGAGAUGAAGAGCAACAUCCAGGGCCGCGUGAUAAUGAAUCAAAAGAAGAAAUUCAGAAUAAUGAAUCGUAUAAUAAUGAACAUGAAAAAGAUAAUCAUAGAGUGGAAUCUGCAAAACAUAUUUCUCAACAUAAAGAAGAGAAUAAAGAUAAUGAAUCCAAUCAUGAUGACAAUGAAAGCAAUGCAGAUGCAGAGGAUUUCGGUGCUGCUUCAAAUGAAGGUAAUACCAAUGGUGAACACACAGAAGAUGAUGAUGAUGUUCAAGUGCAAGGAGAAACACAGUCUGAAUAUAGUGAUUCGAAUCUUAAGAGUACAGCAGAACUGCCUCACUUGGGAAGUGCCAAGAGAGGAAACGUGACCGACGGCCGAAGCACACAGGAAAGUCUUAUAGAAGGUGUAGUGAAUGGUGAAGCCGAGAUGGACUCACAGGAUGCAAGUAUGACGCAAAGAGAUGGAUCAGUGCACGGAGAAGUUCUCGUAGUUGAUAAUGAAAUAGAUCCAGAAGUUACUGAUUUAAUUAACAAUGCAAAUAUGGAAAUGUUAGCCACAUUAGUAUUAAAUGGAGAAGGAUCAAGGCUUAUAGGAAGGCAUUCUGGGAACUCUGAACUGCAAGCGUUCCUUGAUAAUGUACCAACUUAUAUGCAAAAAAUAAACAAAGUCCAUGUAGCAGCAAGAGAAGGUAACAUAAGAGAUCUUCAAGCAGCUUUGGAUAGACGGAAAUUUGCAAUAGCUCGCGAUCCAAUAUCACCCAAUGGAGCAACCCCAUUACACGUGGCAACAAUAUUUGGAAAAACCAACAUUAUCAAAUAUUUGGGCGGCAGAUUUCCCGAAACCCUAUCUGCGGUAGAUUUUGAAGGAAGAACGGCUUUACAUUAUGCAGCUGUCCUUCCUGAUAAUGGGCAUUACUACAAUCUCCUUCAACAACUUGGUGCCAACUCGAAAGAUUUAGAUGAUAGUGGAAAGUCAGCCGAAGAAUAUCAAAAAAAUCCAACUCUGUUACCUUUUCAUCAAAUGUUAUCAGAUUAUGGCUUAAGUGAAGACGCAGCGCAAAACAUGUUCUCCGAUAAAGUGCCCGAGGAUCAAGUCUCAUCUCGGCGAGCUCUCGAUACACCUGAGGCUUUGGAUACCUUGGACCGAUGCUAUCACCUGUUAGCAUCUGCAAGACCAGCUCGCACACCGUUAUCAGCAUCGUCCAACAGAGCUACACCACCACUCGUACUUGCACGGUUCCUAAAAAAGCCAAUUUUCGAUGUUAUAAAAUAUAGAAUUACAAAAUUAGACCAUGAUCUCUUUGAUGUCAUCUGGCCUGCUGUCAAAAAGCUCCCGGAUAGCAGAAAUAUUAUCCAAACUGUGGAAGAAGAUUUUCCAGGAGGAGUCACGGCCCCUGAUUAUUAUGUUUAUGACGUAUUCAAUGAGUUUUUGAUACCACUUGUAAAAGAUCUUCAUAAUAUUAAUGUUAAUUCUGAAUUGCCAAAACACCCCACAUCAAACUUUAUGGGUACCUCAUCAGCCAAACUAUCUGCUGAACCUCUGGUAGAAAUAAAUAUUGACCCAAACGACGAAUUUGUUCUAUCUGGAGUAAUAGAAUGUUCACGCAAUUUGGAAGGAUUUGAACUCCCAUUGAACUUGAAAGUGGGUAAACUGGAAACAAUAGAACGAAUCGUAACCACACUUUUGAUGAAAGACGAAUUUUCGAAGUUUAGCGAAUUUUCUAACCCUGAAUCUGACCAAAAAGGUGGCACAUACUACACGUUAAACGAGGUUUUAGAAAAGCCAUCAGAAAUAUGUGCCACAUUAGCAUCUUGUGGUCUUCUGAUAGCUCUAUGUGAUAGAGAUGAAAUUGAUGACUGUGCAAGAUUACAUGGAAAGCACUGGCCUUACGGUCGCGGCGUAUUCGUCACUGAUGACAAAACCGUAGCUGUAUGGAUAAACGUUCAUGAUCAUAUUCGUGUACUUGUAUCUUCAACGCAAGACUCACCGGGAGAAAUUGGCUUGCCCUUCAGCAAACUUUCUUACAUUAUGACGUAUCUUCACGAGAAACUUGAUUUCACAUGGGACACAAAGUUGGGAUAUCUUUCUGCGAGACCAACAUUCCUGGGAGCAGGCAUUCGCUUUAGCCUGAUUGUCAAUUUUCCGGGACUAUCAAAAGAUCCAGAUAAUAUGAAACAUCUUUGUGCCAUGAGAGGUUUGCAGUACCGAGAGACACUAAGUCCUGAUAUUGCUAGGAUCAGCAACUAUCAGUGUUUAGGAAUUACUGAGACGAGUUGCUUCAAUGAUUUUGCGACGGCUACAUCAAAUUUACUACAUCUGGAAAAAGAUUUAUCAAUGCAAAAUUCAGCACACAUUGCAACGAUGUUGUCAAAUAUUUUCCGUAAAAAAAGAAAUAGUAUAACUAGUCAUGAUAGCCCAGAGAAGAGGGAAAAAUAUUAAAUGUCACAUAAUGUACAA